GUAUAAAAGAAGUUCGUUUGGACCACAAGGAUUCUAGCAAACUGAGACUGAAAAUGUUUGUUCGGUCUAUUAUAGGAAGUUAAAGUUAAAAAAAAAAAAUCUCAGGACAACCAUCUCAGGACAGUAGGUGGGUUAAGGACGCUGAUGACCAAGUAAAAUCAGUUUUUAUGUGAGUGAGAAGAAAGAAGCAGAGGAAACGGCUGUGCGCGCAGACAGGGGCGCACAAACACUGCACAUUGUUCCGGUCCUGGAGACGUGAGGAUGGAGAUCCGGCCAGACAGGUUUAAGGCUGUAGCAGCCAAGACUCUCGGGAAAAUAUACGGAGCCCUUGAGAAGAAACAAGAAAAUGGUGAGACCAUUGAGUUGUCGGCUGAGGGCCGGCCGGAGCUGGUGCAGGAAAAGGAGAUGCCAGUGGUGGACUGCACAUGCUUCGGCCUGCCCAGGCGCUACAUCAUCGCCAUCCUCUCUGGUAUAGGUUUCUGCAUCUCCUUUGGUAUCAGAUGUAACUUGGGUGUGGCCAUUGUCAGCAUGGUUAACAGCCACACCAUCUUCAGAGACAAUAAGGAAGUCAUAGUGAAAGCACAGUUCGACUGGGAUCCAGAAACAGUGGGAAUGAUCCAUGGCUCGUUCUUCUGGGGAUACAUAGUAACCCAAAUUCCUGGAGGGUUCAUCUGCCAAAAGUUUGCAGCAAACAGAGUGUUUGGCUUUGCUAUUGUGGCCACAUCUUGCCUAAAUAUGCUCAUCCCUUCAGCAGCACGGUUACACUUUGGUUGUGUUAUCAUUGUGAGGAUAUGUCAAGGACUUGUGGAGGGGGUUUCAUACCCAGCCUGUCAUGGCAUUUGGGCAAAAUGGGCACCACCUCUUGAAAGAAGUCGGCUGGCCACAACAGCUUUUUGUGGUUCUUAUGCAGGUGCUGUGAUUGCCAUGCCUUUAGCUGGAAUUCUAGUCCAGUACUCAGGAUGGUCAUCUGUCUUCUAUGUUUAUGGAAGUUUUGGAGUCAUGUGGUACUGCUUUUGGAUCUUGGUGUCGUAUGAGAGUCCAGCAGCCCACCCCACCAUCACUGACGAGGAGAGGACAUACAUUGAGGAGAGCAUUGGCAGUUCAUCCCAGCAGGCAGUUACGAAGUUCAACACACCCUGGAGAUCCUUCUUCACCUCCAUGCCAGUCUAUGCCAUCAUUGUGGCUAAUUUCUGCAGAAGCUGGACUUUCUACUUGCUCCUCAUCAGCCAGCCUGCAUACUUUGAGGAGGUGUUCGGAUUUGAAAUUAGCAAGGUCGGCAUAGUCUCUGCACUUCCUCAUCUGGUUAUGACUAUCAUUGUGCCAAUUGGUGGCCAACUUGCUGACUAUUUACGCACCAACCACAUCAUGACAACCACCAAUGUCAGGAAACUUAUGAACUGUGGAGGGUUUGGGAUGGAAGCUACCCUGCUGCUGGUGGUUGGCUUCUCUCAUACAAAAGGUGUUGCGAUCACAUUUCUGGUCCUGGCUGUGGGUUUCUCUGGUUUUGCCAUUUCAGGUUUCAAUGUCAACCAUCUGGACAUUGCACCACGAUACGCUAGUAUCCUCAUGGGGAUCUCCAACGGUGUAGGCACCCUGUCUGGUAUGGUGUGCCCUCUUAUAGUUGGUGCCAUGACCAAGCAUAAGACACGAGAAGAGUGGCAGGGUGUGUUUCUCAUUGCUUCACUUGUUCACUAUGGAGGUGUUAUAUUUUAUGGUAUCUUUGCCUCUGGAGAGAAACAACCCUGGGCCGAGCCGGAGGACCUGAGUGACGAGAAAUGUGGUAUCCUGGAUGAGGAUGAGCUUGCAAAUGAGACAGAGGAGCUGUAUCGCACAAGUGGUGGAGGGGGUUAUGGAGCCAUGAACCAAGCAUCAGAUCCCAAUGGGGAAGGUGGAGGUGGAGGAGGAGGCUGGGUCUCAGACUGGGACAAAACUGAGGAGUAUGUCCAACCAGCUGGAACCAACAAUUAUCUUUAUGGAGGGGAGGGUGAACGGGAGUUAACAUAGAACCUGCAGGUCCUCUGCACACAGCCUUGUAGUGAGGCACAAACAGUCUACCAACAGUCCAGAAUCUCAGCCUGAUGGCACUUUGAAAGCAUGGAUUGAAUCAGGAGUGUGAGACGGGACAAUUCUCAGCAGGUCUGACUGCAUUAACACAACUGAACUGAUUUCAAAGAGACUGCACAGUGGAAAUGAAGACAUUAGUAAAUGUAAAAUGUGUGUGUGUGUGAUUGCAGUUGUGUACCUUGAGUGUUUUAGGAAUAACCAGCCUUCCUGCAAUUUUUGUUGGAGGAGGGCUGUGCUUUAGGCCUGAUGUGGCUUUCUUUGAUGUUUAAUGAUUGUAGAAAUUUCUAUAUUAACUGACAAGACUUGGUAUUAAUUUGUAUGCCUCUCAUUUAUAUCUGAAAAAUUAAAGAUAGUAAAUUCUUAUCACACUCACACGUUAGGUGAAUUGCUAGUUGAUUUUCAGAUGUGGAGUUUCUGCAUCCUGCAGAGAAGUAAGCACCUCCACUAAAGUUAAAACAGAAACGUUCUCCUAAACACAGUGUUAAUUUUUGUCCUUAAUCUGCACACAUUCAAGAAAAAGCAUUGUGCCAAUACAACAAAAUAUUUUGUUCUGUAGUAUUGGUUUACUUGUUCACUGAGGAAGUGAUGAACAUCUGCAAUUAUUACUGUAUGCAGCUUUCUGUGAAGUAGAUGGAUUCCUGUUUAGAAGAAAAUAAGAACUAAGCACUUGACCUUUGGCCUGUCUGCCUGCUGACAAAGUGAGGAUCAAAUAUGCCUCAUAUAGAACUUGAAGAAAUGUCAAUAUGCAGCAAACUGUUAGCAUAUUUAUGAUCUAGUAUCUUAGUUUAGUGACACUUUUUGCCCAACAAGCCUCUUUGAGACUUUUUUCUCCAAAAUCUAACAUCCAGAUUUUGUUCCACAUGCUUUAGCUGCAACAUGCUUCUUUACUGUUAUUGCUCUACAGCUGUUCAUCGGGAGCUGUCACCACUGUGACUCUGCUGCAGUGUAAAAGCACAAAAGCAUCAAGCUGAGGCUGUGGUGAAGCGCUCUUUUAAAGGUGGACUUUUGUAACUGCUUGCUUUAAUUUAUUAUAACCAUUCCAAUCCAAGAACAAUUUAAAAUAGAAAGCUAAUGAGCUACAAUAAAACAAAGACAUUUCCCCAUACAUGAGCAGUCAGUUUUAGUUUUGUUAGUAGAUGUUGAAAUGUUUAUUGCACACAGGAUGAGGGAUUAGAAUAAAAAUAAUCUCCCUGUUUUAGGUCAUGGGAUGGUAAUGUUUCAUGGAAUGGAGUUCACUAAUAGAAUAAAUUUUAAAUGUUUGAAUUUUUACUGUUUCUGUCAUUUUUAAUUGAUUUAUUUAUUGUUUUCAUUGUACACUAAAACUGUAUAAAAAUCAAGUAUACGUGGAAUACUGUUUA